AUGCGAUGCGGAUUCUUUCUAUGGGACGAUAUCGCAAAGGAACGAGAGGUACCACAAAGUGCAGUAGAUGCUAUGACGGAGAAUACCGACGCUCGAGAGGCAGAUCCAGUCCAAGUUCGACCUGAUAAUAUAAAGCCAGGUCCAGUACUACGUACACCAAAAGCGAACCGCAUCCGAGAGUCCAUACGCGGCGGGCUGUUAACGCCAGAGUCUCAGACAAAGAGGAAACGAGACGCAGAUAUAACUGCUUAUUUGGAUAAAUACCAAAGCCCUACUAAAAAAGGGAAGCUUGAGUUACCUAAAUCACCGGAAACAGAGCAGGACACCAGCUCCUUCACAACUGUUGCGGAUAUUUCCUACCCUUCGCUGGCUUCAAGGCUUGAGGCCUUGGAUGCCGAACCAAUACCACCACCGCCGUUAUUCACGACUCCUAAGAAGUCAACACCUCCGCCAAAAAGUGAAACCUGUCCUGCCCAGAAAACGUCGCUUGAGGCCCCUACCACCCCGACUCCUUCGCGCUUUACGUCAUCGCCUCUUUUCUAUCAUUCAGCAGAGAGGAUCAAUAAGAAAUUCCGGCACUGUGAGACAACAGCCAAGGCUCUUGGUAUACUUGAGGCUCAUAAAAUUAACGUUACGCCCAAAGCGAAGGAAGAAUUGGCUGAGCUGCUGGAUAGGAACGAUUUGAAGACCCUGGGAAUUAUUAAGGGAAGGGAUAUAUCAAGGCUGGCGAUCAAGAGCCGGGAGAAACGCAUAGAAGAGUUGGAAAGCCGGAUCUCAAUCUUAGAGGCAGAACGGGAAUCUUGGAAAUCGUUGUCGAUCAACAAAGGUCACCACCCACCUUCUGGGACCCGGAAAGACAAAGAUAAACUUGGAAUGUAA